AAAAUAAAGCACAAAGUCGCCCCAUUCCUUGUUUUCUUGGCUUUCAACUCUCAAGACACCAAACCAACCUCUGCAUGUUACCGCCAAAACCACCGUUCUUCACCAAACACAUGGGCCUACGCUCUGUUCCUCUCCCACCACCAAUAUCAAAGACUCCUCACCUUUCUCUCCUGGCGGACAAUUGCAACUCAAUGCGCCAACUCAAACAGGUCCAUGCCCAAAUGAUCGUCUCCGCUCGCAUCCUCGACACAUUCGCCGCCAGCCGAUUACUCUCCUUCUGCGCUCUAUCCGAGGCCGGAGAUAUUGGGUAUGCUAUUAGGAUAUUCGAAAACACGCAGGUCCCGAAUGGUUUCUUGUGGAAUACGCUGAUUAGAGGUCAUGCUAGUGGCUCGGACCCUUGUGAGGCUGUGCUUCUUUACGUAAAGAUGAGGAGGCUUGGUGUAGUACCGGGUAAGCACACGUUCCCGUUUCUUCUCAAAGCUUGUUCCAGGAUUUUCUCACUUGGAUUGUGCAAACAGGUUCAUACCCAAGUUGUAAAAUCUGGAUUAGACUUGGAUUUACAUGUGGUAAAUGGGUUGGUGAGGGCGUACUCUGUUUCGAGUAGUUUGGGUGAUGCCCGGCUGCUGUUUGCGGAAUCUCCUGAUAGGAAUUUGAGUAUUUGGACGACAAUGAUUUGUGGUUAUACACAGAACUUUUGUUCUAACGAGGCGUUGGUGCUUUUUGAUCAAAUGGUUGUUGAGGGUUUUGAACCGAACAGCGUGACUCUGGCCUCUGUGUUGUCUGCUUGUGCUCAAUCCGGUUGUUUAGAAUUGGGAGAAAGAAUUCAUGCAUUUAUAAAGGAGAGGGGGAUUGAGGUGGGAGUGAUUCUUAGCACGGCAUUGCUGCAUAUGUAUGCAAAGAAUGGAGCAAUUUCAGCAGCUCAGGAUUUGUUUGAUGGCAUGUGUGAAAAGAAUGUUGCAACUUGGAAUGCAAUGAUUUGUGGACUAGCAAGUCAUGGACAUGCCGAAGAAGCGCUUAGCCUCUUUUGGAAGCUAGAGAAGGAGAAGGUUGUGCCAAAUGAUAUUACUUUCGUAGGGGUUCUUUCUGCCUGUUGCCAUGCUGGCUUGAUUGAUAUCGGACAUGAGAUCUUUCUUUCAAUGAAAAAGGUGUAUGGCAUUGAGCCAAAGAUCGAACAUUAUGGGUGCAUGGUGGAUCUUCUUGGGAAAGGUGGGAAGCUGACAGAGGCAGAGAAGUUGAUAAAAGAAAUGCUUUGGAAGCCUGAUAUGGUGAUUUUGAGUGCUUUGUUGGCAGCCUGUAACAUUCAUGGAAAUACCGAGAGGCUGGACAGUGGGAGGAUGUUCUGAAACUGAGAAAGGUGAUGAAAGAAGGAAGCAUAAAGAAAACGCCUGGGUGGAGCCUGGUGGAUGGUGAUGCUACUGUAUAUAAAUAUCCAUCACAAGAAACCCAUUUGGCAGACGGACACUUGGAAAAAGAAAAAUAACGUGUAAAAUGAUCCCAAUGCGUUUUGACUUGCAUUCUGAUCCUGUUGGAGUUAGAGGAAACACAAAGUGUGCUUGGGUGUCGAUAUACAUGGACUCUAGACACACCCUACACGCCCUUCCACUAACUUUCAAGGCCUUGGUAUCACCGUACCACUCAUCAAGCAGGACGCCAUCUCAUCGGCCAUAUGGUGCCUCCUGCAACAACUCGUACUCACCUCCAGAGCUUCAAACCUCAACCUCAUUCGUUCAUUAUUUUGCUUGUACUGGAUGUUCAUCAUGUACCCCAUUUCCAUGCAUGCGGAAGAAGAGAUCUCAUUGACAGUCAACACGAAUAAUUCAAAUGCACAUCCUAGUGUUGUCGUGUCCUUCUUCAACAGACGAGCAUCUUCAAGGCGGCUUCUUUCUCGACUUAAAAAUAUGAGAACAAAACUAUUAAAUUCUAAUUUCUGGUGUAUUUCUAUUCUAUGCACAUGCUACAAAGCCUUGAACAGUGGACUGCAAAAAAAAAUUCAUCGAUUUCAAAAUCGAUGUGCGCAUCACUUGGCGCAAUGGGCAGCUUCUAAUCAAAUCUUUAGAAGCAUACCUCUAAAUUGGAUCCCUCCAUGUGUUCUGGACUUCCCGAGCGGAAAAGACCCUUAUGCUAUUGUAUAAUUACUCUGCUACUAUCUUUGUAUCAAGUUUAUGACAUUCCAUUCAGUAUUGUUUAAUAUUAGUUAAAUUUUAUUGUGCCCAUUAAUAAAUUUGCUUCCUCUUUUUUCA